UUAAGCUUGUGGAUUAAGAUAACUACUGCAUAAAUCAAUACAAUCUGUAAACCCUGGUUCGAUUAACUAUCCUAAAAACUUCUACUUGCGACUGUACAGCAGAGAAGCGUAAUGACGUAGUGUAACACCGUCAGUCGUAGCAUGCGUGAGGUGUUUCUGCGCUGUGAACCUGCCUGUGGCGGAGAGAUGGCCGCUCGCCGAGUUUAGGACUGAACGACAGGCCAGGCAUCGAGUUCAGCGGCUGGGAAACCCUUGCAGACUCAUACUGGGUGCUACGGUCGGACACGUGGUAACCAUGGGACACGGAGUGGGCUGAACACCCUGGUCUUCACACACACACACACACACACACACAACGCCUCAACACCCCUGUGUAUGCGAUGGCCACAGCAUCGGGUGGCGAAGACUGUGGUAACGACCGUGGAGGCUCGUCUCAGCUGCAUGCCCAAGUGGUCUGUGCCAAACUCAGGCGCAAGAAGAACUGGUUCGGGACAGCCGUCUAUGUGGAGGUGACCGGGGAGGGGGAGUCCCGCAAGACCAGCAAAGCCCACAGCACACACAACCCUCGCUGGGAUGAGGCCCUGCUUCUGAAUGUAACCCCACACACACAUCUGGAGUUCAAGGUGUGGAGCCACCAUGCCCUGAAGGCAGACGCUGUGCUGGGCAAGGCCAGUCUGGACCUACGGCACACGCUGGAGCAGAAUAGCAGCAAAUUGGAACGCGUGAAGCAGGUGCUGUCCCUGACGGUGGAGGGCAAGAGUGGCGUGGUCACUGCGGGGGAGCUGACCGUGGUCCUGGACGGCCUUAGCGUUGACCAAGAGACGCUUCACAACAGUAGCACAAACACAAACACAACCAAAAUGCAGCAGAAUGGAGAUGCCAUCCACGAGAACGGAGACGAUGCCGCAUCCACAAGGGCUCCAAACAGUGGGUGUGGCUCCAAUGGGGUGGACAGCUCUGCCUGUAGUGACACGAGUUCUGCCCCCAUCGUCAACGGAGACACUGACUCCUCACCCUCCCACCAGGCCGCGCCCGUCCCCAUGCAGACCGACAGCGAUGCAGCCCCUCGGAUAGUAAAUGGCUCAGACAGUGCUGUGGCAGCAUGCACGGAGGAGAUGCCAGUUGCCGGUAGUUCAGACGAAGAGCGCGAGGCGGCAGCUGCAGACCCACCGGCCCCUCUUCCCUCCUCUUCCUCCUCUUCCUCUCCUGCCCCGGAGGCAGCCAACGCAGCCGCUGCAGCCGCCGCUGGCAGCUCCUCGUCCCCUUCACCAGCCACCGGCUCCAAUGGCUCCUCGCAAGCAAACCAAGCAGCCAAACCGCGCCAGCAGACCCCCAACGCAGUCACAACAGAGCCUCUUCCUCCAGGGUGGGAGCAGAGGAAGGAUCCUCACGGAAGGACGUACUACGUCGACCACAACACGCGCACCACCACGUGGGAAAGACCACAGCCGCUCCCGCCGGGCUGGGAGAGGCGUGUGGACGACCGCGGCAGGAUUUACUACGUAGACCACAACACACGCACCACCACCUGGCAGAGGCCCACCAUGGAGUCUGUGCGCAACUUCGAGCAGUGGCAGUCGCAGCGCAGCCAACUGCAGGGAGCCAUGCACCAGAUCAACCAGAGAUACCUCUACUCCGCCUCUAUGAUGUCCGUGGAGAAUGACCCACUGGGUCCUCUACCUCCUGGAUGGGAGCGGCGUGUGGACUCCAAUGACCGUGUGUACUUUGUCAACCACAGCACAAAAACCACCCAGUGGGAGGAUCCUCGCACACAAGGGCUGCAGAACGAGGAGCCCCUGCCGGAAGGCUGGGAGAUCAGAUACACGCGUGAGGGCGUCCGCUACUUCGUGGAUCACAACACGAGGACCACAACAUUCAGUGAUCCACGCACUGGCAAAUCAUCAGUGUACGCUAGUUUGUUUUCCUGUACCACUUGGAGCAGUAAAGGUCCUCAGAUUGCCUAUGAGCGUAGUUUCAGAUGGAAGCUCGCUCACUUCCGCUACCUAUGCCAGUCCAAUGCGCUACCCAGCCAUGUGAAGAUCACAGUCUCCAGACAGACACUGUUUGAAGACUCCUUCCAACAGAUCAUGGCUUUGAAGCCCUAUGACCUGAGGCGGAGACUAUAUGUGAUCUUCAGAGGAGAAGAGGGACUGGACUAUGGUGGCCUUGCAAGGGAGUGGUUUUUCCUGUUGUCUCACGAGGUGCUGAAUCCGAUGUACUGUCUGUUUGAGUAUGCGGGGAAGAGUAACUACUGUCUGCAGAUCAACCCAGCCUCCACCAUCAACCCCGACCAUCUGGCCUACUUCUGCUUCAUUGGCCGCUUCAUCGCCAUGGCCCUGUUCCAUGGCAAGUUCAUCGAUACAGGCUUCUCCUUGCCCUUCUACAAGCGCAUGCUCAACAAGAAGCUUAUCCUCAAAGACCUGGAGUCCAUCGACCCCGAGUUCUACAACUCUCUCAUCUGGAUCAGGGAUAACAAUAUAGAAGAGUGUGGCUUGGAGAUGUACUUCUCAGUGGACAUGGAGAUCUUGGGCAAGAUCACGUCUCACGACCUGAAGCCCGACGGUGCCAACGUGCUGGUGACUGAGGAGAACAAAGAGGAGUACAUUGGGUUGAUGGCGGAGUGGCGCUUCUCUCGAGGGGUGGAGGGCCAGACUAAAGCCUUCCUGGAUGGCUUCAAUGAAGUGGUGCCCCUCCAGUGGCUGCAGUACUUUGAUGAGAAGGAGCUGGAGGUGAUGCUCUGUGGAAUGCAAGAGGUUGACCUGCAGGACUGGCAGAGGAACACCGUAUAUCGCCACUACACACGGAACAGCAAACAGAUCAUGUGGUUUUGGCAGUUUGUGAAGGAGGUGGACAAUGAGGUGCGUCUCCGACUGAUGCAGUUUGUGACGGGGACGUGCCGACUGCCACUAGGGGGCUUCGCUGAGCUCAUGGGCAGCAAUGGUCCACAGAAGUUCUGCAUAGAGAAGGUUGGGAAGGACACCUGGCUUCCUCGCAGUCACACCUGUUUCAACAGGCUGGAUCUGCCUCCCUACAAGAGCUACGAGCAGUUAAAGGAGAAGCUGCUCUUCGCCAUUGAGGAGACGGAAGGCUUCGGCCAGGAGUAACCCUCCCCCUAGACCCCCCCCACACACACACCCCGUGCCCCGUGUCCCCCAGCUGUCCUUCUUCCCCACCCCACUCACCAAAAGGAAAAGAAUUGCACAGAUAUUUACCAAUGUACAUAAGCUAUUCUCACAUUUCAAACCAAAAUCUUAAUCGGCAACCUCAUGUUAGUGAUUUUUAGCUCUUCUACUCCUCCCCUGUGUCUGGCUGUGAUUAUGCAAGCAAACGCUCCCGCGCUUCUCCUGAAAAGACUCUGCCUGGCCGAACAGGUGUGUGAGUGAGAUGGUCUGUGUGUGUGUGAAUGUAUGUGUGUGAAUAUGUGUGUGUGUGUUUGAGAGAGAAAGUAGUGAAACUCAGUGCUUGGCUCUAGUUUUAUAGAGCUACUGAGACCGUAUGACUGACAGCUGAUCUUGUUGCUGCUGCCACCCCCUCCAAACAGUAUUCAACACCGCACUGAGGGGUGUGUGUGUGUAUAUAUAUGUAUAUAUAUAUGUAUAUAUACAUAUAUAUAUGUCUGUGUGUGUCUGUGUGUGUGUGUGUGUAUUCAUGUGUGUGAAAAGGGAGCUGUACAAAGGUGAGUGUACAGUUCUGCGGUGGCCUUACUAAGUUUGUAUGUAUGUAUGUGUGUGGGUGAAGUGUGUGUGUGUUCUCUGUCUGGGUGUGUGUUUGUGCUGUGGCCAUGUUUGUGUGUGUGUGUGUCGUCAUCAUCUCCUUGUCCCUGCUUUGGCUGUGUGUUAAUUUGUGAGGACGACACCCUGUCCACUGUGGUCAGGAUACUAACUAUAAGCACUGUCUCUAAUGCAACUAUACACACAAACAGCAUCUCUAACGCAAGAAUAGAUACAUUCACACACACACACACAUACACACACCAAAGAAGACCAGUAUCCAAUUGGUCACUACAUCGUUGGAUACUGGAGGGGACGUUCGCUGUGUGAGAUGUGUGCUAAGGCUUUGAGGUCAUGAUCUAAGGACCUCUGAACAUUGUUUUGCUGGUCUCAUAUGGUGUUGUCGUGUAGCAACGCCACACACACACACACACACACACACACACACACACACUCUCACACUCUCUCGUCUACAAACCCACACCAGAGCAGUAAUGUGCCUGUUUCCACGCCAACGCGCCGCUUCACAGUGUUCACCAUUUCCACUUCAACGCAAAAGGACUCUAGUUUUUUUGUUGUUGUUGUUGUUGUUUUGAUUUUUUUUCCCUGCUGUCUGGUCUGAAAUGUGAAAUCUCUCCCUGGCGGCGGCGGUGGCUCCACAAGGACAGCCCAACACCCCCAUGCUCCUCCUGACUGCGGUGCGGACCAGCAGGAUGCGCUGCGUCUGAUCAUGCCUCCUCUGAUGAGUGCUCCUGCUGGCCACCUUGCCCCUUCCCAGACUACCCCACAACCCCCCCCCACCCCACCCCCCACACUGGUGGCUCUCAAAAGCAACAAAUAACAACAAGACUCUCGUUUCUCCCUGAAAACAAUGACAAUAACAAAUGAUUGUAUGGGGAGCAGAGCAGAUCUCGCCCAUCAAGCGAAGCUGCCUGGUCUGGCCAUUGACCCUCUCGUCCUGCGUAACACACACACACACACUCUCUCUCACACUCUUGCGUACUCAGAAACCCAGUGUAACAUAUCAGCUGUAGAUAGACACUGUACAGACUGACCCUUGCUGGAGAUGUGUAUAAAAUAUUCAUUUUUAAUCUGCUUUACCCAUUUUAAUGGAUUGAUUGAUUGACUGACUGAUUGAUUAAUUGAUUGGUUGAAUGAAUGGAGACACAACAACAAAACAAAAAAAAAUGGUGGGGGGUGCGCUGUGCUCAGGAUUCACCAAAACCCUGUUGGCUGUCAAUCUGUUGGGAGUGAUUUUUCUCUUGGUUGGAUCUGCCUGUGGAAGACAUGUACUUAAUAAAUGUGUCCGACCA